AAUAGUUACUUGUUAAACUUACUAUAAUAAUCUAAUUUUGAUCAUUAAGCUGUAUCUUCGGUGAAUUACUGAAUUCGUUUUUAUUACUUAAAUUAUUUAAUAAUAUUACCUGCGAUAUAAACGCUUAUAUGCACACGAGGAGAUACUGUACGAAGUUUUUAAGUUAAGCACAUUCGGACUAUAAGUGGAUCAAUCGCCAAUCGUGUCUAUUAAAUUAAUAUUUUUUCGCUCAAUUUUAAAAUUGUUGACUAAAUAAUUUGUGUUUGCAAAAAGAGUAAAUUUUUUUUAUACGCUUUGUAUAUUGUUUGCCAGCUGAAAGACUGAAUUACUCAGGUUAUUUAGUUUGUCAACAUUCCACUGAGAACAUAAUAUUAUAUUGCUAGUACUUGGUAGUUAUCAUGUAGAAGACGCCACGCUACAGUAGUCCUUUUUUCUUUUCAAGUAUGGACUCGAUUGUCUCUAACAGUAGCGAGUAUGAUCAAUCCAUUGACUGGGUACCAUUAUCUCUGACGUUUGUUGAAUAUCCAAAGGGGAAUAUAUUUGGAAAAUUAUUGGCACUGUUUAGUUUGACACCUUUUGUCAUUCUGUCUGGUUUCAUUUCUUUAAUUCUAUUUCGUCGAGAUUUACAUACAAUAACUUUUUUCUUUGGUGUGUUACUCAAUGAGAUAUGCAAUACUGUUCUUAAACAUAUAUUACGUGAACCUAGACCCUUAGCUAGAAAUACAAAUUUGUUGUACUCUGAAUAUGGCAUGCCUUCAUCUCAUUCUCAAUUUAUGUGGUUUUUUGCAUCAUACAUGUUAUACUUCACAUUUAUUAGGUUACAGUAUGCUAACAGCAAGGCAUUUAAAGAGUUUUUCUGGAAAGUAGCUGGAGCUGUAUCAUGCAUUGCUAUUGCCUGUAUAGUUUCUUAUAGCAGAAUCUUUCUACAAUACCAUACAUGGAAGCAAGUAAUAUAUGGAGCACUAUUUGGUAUUAUUAUAGGGACUAUUUGGUUUACCAUAGUUAAUGUGAUAUUGACACCCUAUUUUCCAACAGUUAUAUCUUGACAUCAUCAGUAUGUUCAAUCUGGAGUAUGGAUUCUACUACUGUGUCCAACAUUAGUUUAAUUUUUUAUAAUUAUUAAUUUGCUUUGGCCUUGAAACUUGAGUUCUAUGAAGUGCUAAAAUAAUUUUUGUUUGUUUUGCUUUGAAAUACUUCACGUAUUUACAUCAUUAUCAGCACAUAUUAUGAUAUCAUGUUUAUUUCAAUGAUACAUUUAAAAAUUAAAUGUACCAUAUUCUACCAUUCAAAAAUGUGUUUAAUGUCUAGUUGUUUUGUCUCCAGAUUUUAGUGUUGAAUUAUACAAACAUUAUACAUACUAAAAGCUUAUUCAUUGAACUAUCAUAAGUUUAUAACAAAGCUAAAUAAAAAAAUAUAUUUAUUAAUAAAUGUUAAAUACUAUUUAUUACAUUAAACUAUAGAAGCCUUACCAAAAAAUAAUGUACAUUAAUUAAAUUAUGAUCAUUUGAGAUCAAAACUAGGGCUGGCGAGUGGCGGUAUUUAAAAAAUUGCCAAUUUCCGGUAUUUUUAGUUAUUUUAGAAUACUAUUUAGUAUAAUAAAUUUUAGUAUACUGUGAAUCAGUAAUUAUCGUAGUUACCAAAAAUACCGUACAUCUACUUUUAUUAUUUAUUAUUUUUAUAUAAUCGUAAUGACUAAUGGCAUAAUAUAAUAGCCCUGUCUCAGUUUAGAAACACAAACAAAUUUGCCGAGGUAUGGUAUUUUUAAUAACUACUGAAGUACGGUGUUUUUGAUAAUUACCGAAAAUACCGUAUAACCGAUAAUACCGUAGAUACCGGUAUCAAAAUUUGAAAUACAGCCAGCCCUAAUUUAUACCAACUAUAAAGUGGAAAGAAAUAUAGAUGAUAUGGUUUGAUCCAUAAACAAAAUAAAAUAUACUGCAUACUAAAAUUCAUGUAGUUAUACGUUUAUUAACUAACUUGAUUAAUGAAAAAAAUGUCCAGUACAUUAUAUUAAAAAUAUAUUCAUCUAGAUAUAUUAGAAUAAUAAUUUUGUAGUGAAUUGUAUAAAAUAAAUAAAGAAUAUGGAUAAAAAAAAAAAUGAAAAUAAAGUUGAUUUAUUAAGAGGAUGUCAGUGCACUAUUUGUUUUCUCUCUCUGGCCCACGCGCAACAUAGACAAAAUGCAUUUACGCAGAAUCAUUUUUUCUAUGUUUUCAAAUAAUCUUAGAGUAAAAUCAUCUAUUACAAAAAAGAUAGAGAAUAAUAUUUUUGAGGGAAUGACAUAUCGAUUUGUCUAAAUAUUGUCUCAAAACAAUUUAAACAUAAUUUAAAUUUACAACAUUUUUUUGUUUCUUUUGAUAGUCGAAUACAAAGUCAAAUAACAAUAAAAUAUAAAAUCGAUAAGUCAUUCUCUAAAAAUAUUAUUCUCUAUCUUUUUUGUAAUUGGUGAUUUUACUCAAAGAUUUCUUAAGAACAUAGAAAAAAUGAUUUUGCGUUAAUGCGUUUUGUCUAUGUCCAGAAAAAAAAAAAAAAAAUAGUACGCUAACAUCUUCUUAAGCUCGGAUGGGUAUGCAUUUUUAUAUUAUUACGGGUUGAUCGUAUUUUAUGGUUAGUAAACACAAAUUAUGUUUCUUAAAAUUAUGACAAAAAAUACAAAAAAAUUUUUAGUUUAAUAUUUUAACAUUUAACAGUAUUAAGUGCAUAAUUCACGAUAUUUUAAGAUCAUCUUUGGUUUUUUACGGCAUAUUGCUAUUUUGUAUUUUGAGUAAAAACAACAUGCAAUGUUUCAAAAAUAAAAAUAAAGAUUUUAAUUAAAACUGCAAAAUCAGUAUAAGCUAAAAAAAUAAAUUCUAAGUCUACCUACCCUGUUAUUUUUUGGAGGAAGGAGGUGAAUUAUUAGCUAUUCAACAAAAAUUGAACAGAUAAAUACUGCUGUAAGUUAUUUUAUAUUAAUUUAAACACAUUUUAUGAAAUUUUAGGUUAUAUUUAGUACAUAAACUCAUAUUUUUUGGAACAUAUUUCGUAAUUUUUUGGUUCAUGUAAUUCCAAGACCUAUUUAUAUUUUAUUUGCAAUAGAACCAAAAAAUAAGUUCAAAGAUAAAUCAAUAAAAAUGUAUUUCCAAAGAGCCACUAUAAUAUCAUACAAUUUUAAAAUAUUGAUAGGUUCUCUGUAUGUCAAACUAUUAUAUUAACAUUAAUUUAAGUUUAUUUAAAAUAAUCAAGCAAACAAACAUAUUUUUAUUUAUUCUUGAAUAUAAAUAUUUAUAGGCUGUCCAUGUAUUUUUAUAUAAAUUAAAUUACAAAUGGUUUUUGAAAUGUUAUUAUUAUUGACUUAAAAUAACCAGUAUGAAAAUACUACAUACAACUUAUUUGAAUAUUAUGUUUUAAGUUCUAACUGUAAUAACUAAUAACAGGCUUAUUUUGUCAGUGCCGCCAUUCCCUAUGUUAAGGUAUUGCGGGUGCAAUACUUAAUUUAGGUGGGUGGUAGGUGGUGCCGUGGUGAUUGGUGGCGGGUGGUACACUGGUACAUGGUUGUGACUUUUGGCCUGUGGGCUGUGAGUACCUUAGAUCAUGAUCUAAGGUGGGUACUAUAGAAACAUAGAGGUAUAUUCAUACCAUAUGAAAGUAACAUCGGCUCCACUGUAUUUUGUAAUUCAAUAAACUGUACAUACAUUUACAAUAUUAUUCAUAUUAAAUUAUUUGUAUCAUUUAAAUUAUAACUAAUGAUGCUAUUUUUAACAAGUAAAAAUACAUUUUUUUUUUUAACUUGCCUUAUUAUUUUAUUGUAUAUAAUUGAGCGUCUUUUAUCUGUAAAGCUUAACUUUGUGUUAUAUAUUAUAUCAAAAAUCAUUUGACAUAAUAUGAUGAACAAAUUAUAAUAAAUAAUAAAAGUACAAAAUCCCUCAUCAGUUUUAAUUAGGUUAGAUAAUUGACGCUUCGCUGUGGCUUGUACUAGUGGUCUAAAAAGAAUGAAAACUAUAAUAUUUAAAAGUUUCCUAUCUUUUUUAAUACACUUUAUAAAAUGUGUGCGCAAUAUUAAAUGAACAUCUUUAAUUGUAUUGAUUGAUUUUUUUUUCUUCUGGUAAUAUGGGUAAAACUAUGCUUUAGUGUGUUCUUAGUUAAAUAUUUAAGUAUUUAUUAAAAUAAUGAAUUCUUUUUUUUAUUUAGGAAAAUAUCAGAACUGUUUUUGUUGAGAGACACUACGUUAAUUCCCAAUGUCUUAUGGUUUGAAUACACAAAUAUUCGUCAUGAAGCAGGGGCUAGAGCCAGACGUCGAAAAUCAAUUUCUGCAAAAUCUCAAUGACUAAUAUUUUGAAAGAGUGCAUUAAAAUAAUAUGACUAACCUUUCCAAGCAUUUGUAAUUAUGUGAAAUAAUAAAUUCACAGUAUACUGUUAUUUUUAUAAUA